CGAGCAAUCAAUUGCCAACCUUCGCCAACCUUCGUUCUCGAAUCUCUCCUGAUCAUCCCCAGGAUGACCGACGCUCGCUAAUAUCUCACUCGACAGACUCAGAGAAACAAGUCUUCGUCCUAUCGGCAAAUAUCACCGAUACCUUUUCGCAAUCAAUCAUCUUACUUUUCUGUAAUAUUACCUGCCGGCCUUUUCUCUUGUUGCGAUACCAAAGCCCCCCCCCCUUUAUUCGCCCAGCUGCGACCUGUACGAACCACGAAUACUCUCGACCUCGAAGGCGAGCCUUGAGGGUUUGCAAAUAGCGACGACAAACAAAGACUUACGAAUCCUCGAACGCCACCCCGCCAACCAACCCUCGCUCUGUGUCGCGAUCUGUUCCCUCCUAUCGCGAUCUGCCAUCGUUCCUAUCUACAUCGAUUGCGACGCGGCCUGACUGUGCCAGUUGCUCCUCAUGGGGAAAAAAUGGCGAUAUGGCAUCAUUUUCGAUGCGGGUUCCUCGGGGACGCGCCUGUACGUUUACAAGUGGAAGGAUCACGCCAAAGCGAUCAAGCAUGCUUCCGUCGACGAGCUACAAAGUCUGCCAAAGAUCAAGCUGCAGACAAGCAAAAAGACGCACCCUGGCGUAUCCUCCUUUGCCGAGAAACCUGAAGAGAUUGGCCGCGAACACCUGCAGUCGCUCAUCGACAUAGCUCUCAAAGAAGUUCCCGAUAGUAAGGUCGCUGAUACACCUGUCUACCUUAUGGCCACUGCCGGCAUGCGUCUUCUCCCCGAUCAUCAACAAAAAGCCCUGCUCCGGAACAUGUGCUCGUAUCUCCAGCAAAACACGCGAUUCUCGCUACCUGAUUGCAACACCAACAUCCAGGUCAUCUCUGGUGAGACGGAAGGCCUUUAUGGCUGGCUCGCAACCAACUAUCUACUGGGUGGAUUCGACCAUCCCGACAAACACUCCCAUGGCAAAGACCACCACACCUACGGCUUUCUGGACAUGGGGGGCGCCUCGGCGCAAAUUGCCUUCGCGCCGAACAAUACAGAGGCCGAGAAACACGCCAAUGAUCUCAAGCUCGUCCGCCUGCGAACAAUUGACGGCUCGACCAUCGAGCACCGUGUCUUCACUGCCACCUGGCUUGGGUAUGGCGCGAACCAGGCCCGCGAACGAUAUAUCGACAAGCUCAAGGAGCAAUACGGCAAACCCAACAGCCUUGAGCUUCCCGACCCAUGCCUUCCUGCAGGGCUGCGAACAACUCUCAAGGGUGAACCGGUUGUCAGCGAGUCGGCGGGCAAAGAGUUGUCGCUCCUCGGAACUGGCCGAUUUGACGAAUGCCUUAGGCAGACGGAGCCAUUGCUAGGAAAGGACACGCCAUGCAAAGAUCAGCCCUGCUUGCUUAACGGACAACACGUGCCAAGUAUCGACUUUGACGUAAACCACUUCGUUGGUGUGUCUGAGUUCUGGCACACCACGCAUGGCGUUUUUGGAAAGGGCCACAAGACAGCAUACGACUUGGCAACGUACCAAAAGAACGUCGUCGACUUUUGUACCCAGGACUGGUCGGAAAUCGAAACCACUAUCCAUGCCAGAAAGAAGUCGGUUGCCCAGAAAGUCAAGAACGCUCAAGAAGCUUGCUUUAAAGCAUCUUGGCUCAUCAACGUCUUGUACGAAGGCAUUGGAAUUCCUAGGCCUGGCCUAGAACACACCCCGCAUCCUGGCCUGAACGUUACUAAAGGAACCAUGGAGGAAGCAAAGGAAAAGGGAUUUGUUGACCCGUUUCAGCCUGUGAAUGAGAUUGACGGAGUCGAGGUUAGCUGGACGUUGGGCAAGAUGGUGCUUUACGCAGCCGGUCAGAUCCCACCCAAGGGAGCAGCCUUGCCGGUUGGAUUUGGAAGCAACAUUGCCGGUGCGACGGACUUCGAGCCGGCAGGUUCCAAGUUCUCCCCCAUCCCGAUUGAAAAUGACGACGACGAAUGGGACGACACUGCCGACGAUCUGUUGGACAAGGCCAAAACGAAAUCAGGCUCUGGUAUUCUAGCCUUCGUCCUGAUACUGGUCGUUUUGGCCUUUCUUUUGCGCAAGCGUGACCGCCGGGCUCGAUGGUUUGGCAGGGUUGCCACGGCCGUGCGGGGAACACGACGUCCAGGAAGCCCACGGAAGUUUGGACGGGGCUUCUCCUUCACCAGCAAGCUUUUCGGUCGUUCAUCGACGACCUAUGAACGGGUUCUUGAGGAGGGCGACGCCGAUCAGUUUGAGCUAGGCUCUGUUGAUUCAGACGAAAACGAGCACUCCGACAGUAGCGAGGGGUCCAGGGCUGGCCGCUCAUCCGGACUUGCCACCCCAAAACUCAACAUUGAACGAUUCGACGAUGGACGCCCGCCCUUCUCCAUGGACCGUGGCGGUUUGGCCGUGAGAACAGAGAGCCGAGAGAGGCUUGUACCGAGUGUAGUCAAUGCAGGCCGUCGCAGUCGUGCUGGUAGUCCAACACGGUUGAAGAGCCCGCUGAUGAAACCUUUGGAUGAGGAGUGAGGGAGAGAGAUUGCCUGCGAUGCAGUGUAACAUUAUGCAUGUCUGGGCAGCGAUUGGAUUAGAGGUUUUGUUUCUUCUACCGGUGUUUUAUUCUUCUUUUUCAUGAUUCCAAAGAUGGCGUUCUCGGUACGGUGAUGACUCCAGGCAUUCUAGCUUGUUGAGGGUCUGGUUUGAUGACACUUCUGAGGCGUUCUUGUCAGGCGUGUGCCACGGGUAGCUUAGACUAUUUCAUUUUGGGGAGGCAUUAUAGCAUUGAGCCUUUGCAGAAUUGAUGCUGUUUUCCCGCAUAC